CGCGCGCAGGCGCCGGCCCGGGCGGGCCGGGUUGUUUGUGACGGCGUCACCGGCGGCUGCGGCCGCGGCCCCUCGUCCGUGCCGGGCCCCGCGAGGGCCGCGCUCAGAAAUAAGCUGUUUAGCUGAUGAUUGAAGUUUAGGAACACUGUACCAAGAGCAGUGAAAUUGUGUGUCUUGCAUAUUGAAAGAGUCUACUUUUACCUGCAGUGUGCUUUGAAAAUGUCUGAAAAUUCCAGUGACAGUGAUUCGUCUUGCGGCUGGACUGUCAUCAAUCACGAGGGUUCUGACAUAGAGACAGUGACCUCGGAAAAUGGAAGCACAAAUGACAACCAUGAGUUUGUUUCAGAAGAAUAUGUUUCCUUGCAAGAAGAGGAGCAGGCAAUUGAUGUGCAAGCUCAGUGCAGCAAUGAUGAAGAGAUCCCAGCAGUAGAUAAUACUCUGUCUGGUUUUGAGGAAGCUCAGACAGUUCCAGAGGAGAAUAAAGAAAAAGUUCCUGAUGAUGGGUCCUGCAUUGGAACUAUUAGUGAUGAUUCUGACAUUGUUACACUUGAAGCUCCAAAACCAGAAGAAACUCAGAGUCAGGAGGAAGCUCCAGCUGAUGGUGAAGAAGCUCAGAGUUCAGAGGAUUUUAACAUGGGUUCCUCCUCUAGCAGUCAAUAUGCAUUUUCCCAUGUAGAAACUGUGUUCUCCUCCCAGGCCAGCCCCGAGGAGUCGAGCAGCGACGAAAGCAGCAGCCAGGGCAGCCCGGCCGUGCGCAAGCGGCGCCCGCGGCGGCGCGGGGUGUCCGGCUCCGAGCCCGAGGGGGCGGCACCGGCACCGGCCGAGCCCGAGGCGGAGCCGCCCCGGGACGAGCAGCAGCAGCGGCAGUUCGGCAGCGGCCUCAACAGGUGCAUCGUCCUGGCGCUGGUGAUCGCCAUCAGCAUGGGCUUUGGGCACUUCUACGGUACAGUGCAGAUCCAGAAACGGCAGCAGCUGGUGACAAAGACACGUGAAUUAAAAGAUCUGAAAGAUGACCUUUACCAGUGCCAACAAGAGCAAGGAGAUCAAGUGCACCACAAAGGGGGGUCACUCAAGGGAGAUCUUGACACAUGUUUGACCUUUACUGAGGUGGAGAAGAAAUCCUUUGAUUCUCAAAAAAAAAGUCUUGCUGCAGAAAAUCAGCACUUAAGAGAAUCUCUAGAGAAAGAAGAAAAAGCUUUGGCCUCACUUCAAGAAGAAUUAAGGAAGCUAAGACAACAAAUUAGAAACUUAGAAGAUAAAGGUAGUAGCAGUGAAUCUAUUGUAAUAGAAAAUCAGAAACUAAGGGAGCAUUUGGAAGAGGAAAAGCAAAGGAACAGCAAUUUUCUCAGGCAAAAGGAAACACUCUUUGCGGAGGCACAGAUGCUAAGGCGAGAACUGGACAAAGAACGUCAUGUUACAGAAGCUCUGAAGAAAGAACUAGAACACUUAAGUUCUCGUCAAGCACCUCACAGUGCUGCUGCUGCUGAUGAUGAGACAUUAAGAGAAAAUCAAGAAAUAGAAACUCUGAGAGGAAGACUGGCAGAACUAGAAAAGAAGCUGAACUUUGAGCAACAACGCUCUGACUUAUGGGAGAAGCUGUAUGUUGAAGCAAAAGACCAGUCUGAAAAACAAGAAAUUUAUGAAAGUGGACAAAAGAAAGGUGCUAAAGGGCAAAGUAAGAGUAGAAAGAAAUCAAAGGAGACAUUUUUUGGUUCAGUUAAAGAAACUUUUGAUGCUAUGAAAAAUUCCACAAAAGAGUUUGUAAGACACCACAAAGAAAAGAUUAAGCAGGCUAAAGAAGCAGUGAAAGAAAACUUGAAAAAAUUCUCUGAUUCUGUAAAGUCUACAUUCAGACACUUCAAAGAUACCACAAAAAACAUCUUUGAUGAAAAAGAGAAGUCAUCAAGUGAUAAAAGAUAUGAGGCAAACAAGAAAGCUCGAACUUUUUACCGAGACCAUAACUCCUACGAGAAUCUGAAGCACAUGCAUUACAGGGGACCUCACAUGCCCAAAGAAUCCAGAAAUGGAAGGAAACAUCAUUUUACAACAUAUGAAAAAGAUUCAGAUUCCCAGAAAUGUCUCAAUGAUCAUUUGUGUAAUAGAAAACAUCAGUUUGCCCUAAAGGGCUGCUCUGGUAUUUUUGAAUGUGCUCAUCAAGAAUUCCUUAGUCUCUUUAACAGAGUUUCGGAUCCCAUCAGGGUGGAUGAAUUUAAUCGGUUAAUGAGAAAGUACUUGCAGCAAGUUGUACAUAACUUUCAUCACUGGAGAGAACUAGAAAAUUUCAUCAAUAAAUUUUUUCACAAUGGAUUGUUUAUACAUGACCAGAUGCUGUUCACUGAUUUUGUUAAUGACGUCAAGGAUUACCUGGAAGAUAUGAAGGAAUACCAAAGUAAUAAUGAGAAGGUUUUUGAGGAUUUGGACAAAUAUGUCUACAGAUACUACUUCCAUUAUGAUAAUUCACCCCAGUAUGGACCCAGUCGACCUAAAAGACCUUUUACACAAACUGAAAAUUCCAGACAUGAAAAACAAGCUCAGAAGUACCAACACCGUAAUAAAAGAGAAGGUAAAUGGCAUAAACAUGGUCGCACUAAUGGAAGACACAUGGCAAAUCUUGAAAUAGAAUUGGGGCAACUACCCUUCGAUCCAAAAUAUUGAAUAAUUUAUUGUAAAAAUUAAGAUUAAAAUUCACAUGCUCUCUGGAAACUAAUUGUUUUUCAACAAAGCAGCAAAAUGCAAAUUUUUUUUCUGAAUAAUUUGAUUUUUACAUAUUUUUGUUAACAGGCAGAAGUCAGGCUUUCUGAUUUGCAUAUUCUGUACCGUUGCUUUAACUGUUCUUUGGAAGUGAAGAUAGUUUGGGUGCCAGCAGUAUUGUUGCAGAAACUAGGCAUGCCAUGACCUGUGUAUGAAAAAAUGCUUAAUUGCAUUCCAUUAGUGUAGUUAAAGCUUGAGCCAUGCAUAAUGUACCAACUACUAACUCCAAUGUUUGAUAUACUAACUUCAUCUCAUCCUUCAAAAAAUAGAUCAACAUUGUGGUAAUGUAUUUGUUAGUGUUCUGUAACCUUAUAUUUGCUUCCUGUCUUUGGGGGGGUUCAAGAGCCUGUUGAAUUGUGAAGAAUUUGCUGUGCUGCAUUCUAAUCAGCGUGCUGAUUUAAACACUUGAAACGUCUUGCAUAUCUGCAUAUUGUAGAAGAAAAAUAAAAAAAGAGACAUUGUGGGUAAAAGUCUUUUAUUAUAAAAGAAACUCAGCAAAGCUGUACAGUUC